AUGAGCGGAGUCAAAAUUUCACAAUUCUUCAAAAAGGUUUUCGACUCGAUAAAAACUGCUGUCUCGGCGGUGUGCCAGAAAGAGGGCAAAGGGGUUGCCACUGCAGUUUUUGUCUUGACCAUACUUGUACUUUACAUAUUAGUGGCAAUUUUGAUUCAGUUGGCUAGAUUCAAAAAGAAGAACAUAGCGGAAAGACAAGCACAAUAUAGUGCUUCACAUAAUGGAGAAGACCUGUCAUUUAUGAGAGCCUGUGCUCAAAUUAUAAAAUCCAUAAAAGUGUGUUUUACCAAUCGAGGUGCUAAUGGCGAGAGGCAACACGGAUCUACAUUUGAAAUGCAUGUAUUAGAUGAACAAAAUAACUCGCAAGAGAGAGACACCGGGUCAAAUACUCAAAUCACCGCACAGACGACCCCCGCCGAAGCAGGUCCUGGAGCGAAUGAUACGCAUGGGUAUUUAAGACCACCACAUUCAGUUCAAAAUUCGGUCCUUUCU